AUGGCGCCCAAUGUGGAUCAGGAUGACUCGCGGGUGGUCGUGGACAACACCCCUUUCCCCGACCCCAAGCUGUACUUCAAGGUGUUUGACUCAGAGCGGGACGAGCCAGAGACCAAGUACAGGGAGGAUGUCAACAAGCUCUACGACAGGGUCAAGAGGGCCUGGCACAUUUUCGACUGCAUGGGGUCAAAUGGGGUGCCCGCACUGGCGUGGCCCCUGGAGGGGGCCAAGUGGCUCAAGAAGCACGGCCGCAAGUGGCCUGACAACGGCCUCAACACAGAGGACCUUGUCUGGCUGUAUGAGGAGGCAUACAAAGACGAGGCGGCCCAGGAGGAGGCCGCAGAGCGCGCCGUCCCCGGCGGCCCCGGCGGCCGCCGCGGCGGGCGCGGGCGGCGGGGGCAGGUGGCGUUGGAGGUCCCGCGGAUCGUAAAUCAGGAGAGGGAGGACAUCCCCGGGGAGCUGAUGGAGUCGAGCGGCGAGGCGCUGGAGGCGGCCGUGGAGGGGCUGCCCGCGGACCCCAAGGCGCGCGCGGCGGCGGUCGCGCGCGCCAAGCGCGAGGUGGAGAACGCGACGUGGGUGACGGACGAGUUUGAGUCGAGCGAGUACGAGCGCGGCAACCUGGAGGCGGUGCACGACAUGUACCUGUGGGACAGGGAGGGCAAGACGACCAUCAUGCCCGAGGGUGCUGGUGAUUAA